UCACACUAACAGAACUACUGUAGCUGGUUGUUGCCUGAGUGAGAAUAUUGUACCCUUCUUAUCCGAAUCGGAACGUCAUUUCGAAUUUAAAUAAUUAAUUGUAGCCUACUCACAAACAUGAAAGCCAUCAGUCCAAUGAGGUCUGUCAGAAGCUGCUACGAAGCUGUUUGCUGCAUUUCGGAUCAGAGUCUCUCCAUCACCCGGAAUAAGCCAUCUAUGGAGGAACCCGUGGGCGCGCUGUGCGAUAUGAAUGACUGCUACUCGAAACUCAAGGAGCUGGUACCGAGUAUCCCACAGAACAAGUCAGUCAGCCAAGUGGAAAUUCUGCAGCACGUUAUCGACUACAUCUUCGACCUGCAAAUCGCGCUAGAAGACGAGUCUUCCGCGGCAACCACGCCUGAUUUGGUGCUGUCACUAAAGACUGCAGACCUUGCACGCAAUUUCUCACAAGAAGAUGGACGAUUGUGCCAUUAAACAGGAGGAGUGUGACUUCCAGAAAUGGUGCAGAGAAACACAUGUCUCCACUUCACUCUGGGUUCGAGGAUAAGAGGGGCAGAAAGAAGGGGUAGUAUUUGGAGUGUGUGUGGGGGGGGGGGGGGGGUCGACAGUUUCUCUACACUCCUCCAGUCUCUUCUCACCGGACGUGGGCGUAAACAAACACCAAAGCAGAAAAAUAUUUGAAUGGAUAUACUCGCUACUUGUUCCUCUCAGUUGUUUUUUUGUAUAUGUGUGUGUACCCCCCUCCCCUUGUUAUCUUAUAAUUUGAAGGUUUUUCCAACUAGUUCAAAUUGUGUACAUAUCUAAUUUGUGAAAGCUAUGAGGGAGAUAGUUCAGAAGAAUGUGGUCUGGGGGGGGGGGGGGGGGGGGGUCCUGUUGUUAGUUGUUAGAAUCACAACUCUAUACUAGAGUUGAUUGUAAGUGUUUGUAGGGAUUGUGUAUUUCUACGGACAAUGUCAAAUAAUUGCUGAGUUUUAUCAACUUUUUAUAAAAGUGUGUUUUGUAUGUACGUUCUUAUGUAAUAAAAUUACUAAAUGUUCUGAA